UUCAGCGGGUUCACUGUUUAUGUUAUGCUAAACCUGUUCGCCGUUGACAGCUGGUCGGCAGGUGGCGCACGGCGGAAGUUGUGGGAUUAAUAUCAACCGUCGUCAGUUUAAUUUGGGACGCAGCACGGGCAAAACUAGCUCUGGAGUGGGUGUUUGUUUGAUAUAAAUUGUAGUCUACUUUCAUUUACUACAUAUUCCUUCCCAUAAAAGUCGUCAAUAUAAACCAUUGUACCCGUAUCGCCCUCAAAACGCUCCAGCGGCUGUGUUAGUGAGUAUUUUAUUUUGAAAAACCAGGCACCGGAAGCGUCAUUUAUCAGUUAUACUGGCUUGACAGUAGCUACACAGGCACAUCAGCUGUACAUGCGAGAGGAAUACUGACCUAAUUAAUUGCACAGGGGACAACAACAGCAACGACGACACAACACAACGCAGCGACCGACCGGAGUGAAUGCCAUUUUUCUUGUAAAUCAGCCAGAAGAUACUGUGCGUGGGACUUGGUGUCAUUACAGAGAAAGCUCCACCAACCUGUCUGCCUAGGAGCCAAUACAGAGCUGACAAGCGUGCUAUUGACUGCUGCGGCUGAGAGAUUGGACGAGGAGGAAGAAACAGCCAAAGAGACAGAGAGAGAGAGAGAGAGAGAGAAAGCUCUUCCUCUCUGAAUAUAAGGGGGUUUUUGGUCACAGAGAUCAUUGUUUUGCAGACGCUUCUCAAGGGAAAAGUAGCCAUUGAAAUGGCCAAGCUGUCAUCAGCCCAGGUGACCGAGUGCACCUGAGCAGUACUGGGGCUGCACACACUCAAAGUCACCACCAGCCUGUGGGCAUUUAGUGCGCAGUUAAAGAGCAAAUCUACUGUGUUACAGAUUGAACAACGUGACUGAAUCCCUCACAUUUUUUUGUCCGGAUUAUUUUUACCUGGAGGUUGUUUUUUUUUUUUUUUUGGUGGCUUACCUGCAAGAGGAAAAACAGGCUCAGGAGGACUAAUGACGUUACAGAUGACUGUUUGUGGAUUUGGGAUUUACUGAGCUGUUGAUUAUAGCACACGAGAAGGCUGUUAGGACUCAGGCGUCCAUGUGCAGGAAUGCAGAUCCACGUAUGGAGACAGACCAUACAGCAUAGCAUUUGAGCAGCGGAGCCCGUGAAGGCCCCAGUGACGGCCAUGUUGGAUCUCUUCCUCAGACUGCUGGUGUCGACCCGUCUUCACCCAUCGCCUCACAGCACCUGGCUGCCAACCUAACUCCUCACUCCCUCUCUCUUCCCCACAUCUCUUUCUUCCACCGCCUGGCCGGGAGAAAGGUCCUUGGUCCUUGUGGAAAAUGUCCUAUGCACACCACAAGCUGCUCACCUGGAGCUUACCUCACCUCCUCCUCCUCCUGCUGACCUACCUCUUGCUCUUAGCUUCUCCAACAGGUGUGUCUGCAAAUCUCUGCCGGGUGACUGGCGGGGUGCUGGGGAUCCACUGGAGCAACAUCGUCAGCCUCGGGUGGCACUCUCUGGCAAAUGGGAGAGGUGGGGCGACAUGCUGGGAGUCCUGCUGUUUGAACCCAAGCUGCAGUGCCGUGUGGAGCCUCGGCGGGCAAUGUGUGCUUCUCAGCUGCUCGCGGAAGAGGGGCUGCCCAAUCACCUCCCUGCCCCAGCCCUACCAGGAGUCCCUCGGCCUCCUUCAGCUGCUCUCAAAGGGUCCUGUCAUCACAGCAAAACGUCGAAGACUUCGUCACGCACAGCAUACAGGAAGCCACACGCUGGACACAGAACCCCUUACCCGCACGGACAGUCCCAAACUGGAAACUGCUCACCUAACUCCAGCAGUACCCAGCACUAGUACACUUCUCCAGACAGCCCAAAAGAACCUUAGUCAGGUAGCCAACGGGAGUGCAGACAUUGCUUCAGCUCCAUCACAGCAGAACUCAACGGCGGACAGCACUGUUGAUACUCCUGCGUCUUCCAGUGGCAGUGAUGUCAGCACACCCACAGCCACAACUGCAGCUGCUAUCAUCACAAUUCCAACACAGGCUGUGAGGGAGCUGGUGGUGUCAGCAGGAGAGAGUGUGGAGGUCACACUGCCCCGCAACGACAUUGAGCUCAACGCCUUUGUCGUCCCACCACCCCCGCCAGGGACAAGCUAUGCAUUUGACUGGCGUCUGAUAACUCAUCCCAAAGAUUACAGUGGGGAGAUGGAAGGGAAGCACAGCAAGUCGCUGAAACUCAGCAAGCUGACUGUGGGUCUGUAUGAGUUUGAGGUGACAGUGGACGGGGAGGGGGCCCAUGGAGAAGGUUAUGUCAAUGUCACAGUCAAACCAGAACCGCGGGUAAACAAGCCUCCUGUUGCCGUAGUUUCCCCCAAGUUCCAGGAGAUCUCCUUGCCAACCAGUUCCACGGUCAUAGACGGCAGCCAGAGCACAGAUGAUGACAAGGUGGUGGCGUGGCACUGGGAAGAGGUGAAAGGUCCCCUGAGGGAGGAGAAGGUCUCUGCCGACACCCCUGUCCUCACCCUCACCAGCCUGGUGCCUGGGAACUACACAUUCAGUUUAACAGUGACAGACUCAGACGGAGCCACAAACUCGACACAGGCCACACUCUUAGUCAACAAAGCCAAGGAUUACCGGCCUGUGGCUAAUGCUGGCCCUAACCAGGUCAUCCAGUUGCCACACAACUCCAUCACUCUGAACGGGAGCCUAAGCACAGACGACCAUGACGACCUGUCCUAUGAGUGGUCCCUCAGCCCCGCAAGUAAAGACAAGGUGGUGGAAAUGCAGGGCGUACGGACGCCGAUCUUGCAGCUGUCAGCCAUGCAGGAGGGAGACUACACCUUCCAGCUGACCGUGACGGACUCAGCCGGACAGCAGGACACCGCCCAGGUCACUGUCAUUGUGCGGCCAGAAAACAACAAGCCGCCAGUAGCAGACGCAGGACCGGAGAAAGAGCUGACGCUGCCUGUCGAUCGCACCACACUGGAUGGUAGUAAGAGCAGCGAUGACCAGAAGAUAGCCACCUACCACUGGAAACAAACCAAGGGUCCUGAUGGUGUGGAGAUUGAAAAUGCAGACAGUGCUGUUGCCACGGUGACAGGUCUGGAGGUCGGCACGUACGAGUUCACCCUGACUGUAACUGAUGAGAGGAAGCUGCAAAGUAGCGACGCUGUCACAGUUAUCGUCAGAGAAGAGCUGGACCAGCCUCCAGUGGCUCGCGUUGUGUCGAGCCCACCCAUCAGUCUGCCUGCCAGGACUGGCACUCUAGAUGGAUCUCACUCCACUGAUGACAAAGGUGGAGUCAGCUAUCUGUGGACCAGAGAUGAUAGCAGCCCUGCUGCUGGGGAUGUACUGAAUAACUCCGACCACCAGGCAGUGCUGUUUCUGGGAAACCUGGUUGAGGGGAAGUACAGCUUCACCCUGACUGUAACUGACAGUAAGGGACAGACCAGCACGGAUAGGGGCACUGUGGAGGUCAAACCAGACAUAUGGGAGCGUGACCUGGUGGAGCUGGUGCUGGAGGUCUCUGUAUCCCAGGUCUCCCACCGUCAGCGCGACAUGCUGCUGCGCCAGGUUGGGGUUCUACUGGGCGUGCUUGACAGUGACAUCAUUGUGCGAGAGAUCAGUGCGUUCAAUGAGCACAGCACUCGUUUGGUCUUCCUGGUGUCAGGCGGUCCAGGGCGCCCUCCUCUGUCAGGACGCAACGUUGCGCUUGGCCUCCGCAACAAACUGCGCAAACAGAAGAAUGACUUUCUCAUCUACAAGGCCCGACGAGUGGAUACAGUCAUCUGCCAGCUGAACUGCUCGAGUCACGGUGAGUGUGACUCGUUCACUCGGCGUUGUGUCUGUCACCCUUUCUGGAUGGAGAACUUCAUCAGAGCUCAGCUUGGAGAUGCAGAGAGCAACUGUGAGUGGAGCGUAUUAUAUGUGACAAUAGCAUCCUUCAUGAUUGUGGUUGCCAUAGCAACGGUUGUCUGGGGGAUGGUGUGUUGCUGCAACAGGCGUAAGAGCAAAGUGCGCAGAAGCAAAAGCAGGUAUAAAAUGCUAGAAGCUGAUGAGCAAGACAGCCUGGAGCUACAACCACCAAGAGCUGCACGCUUGAAGCCGGUGCCCGCUCCCACCUCCUCUGCCCUCAUGCACUCGGACUCUGACUUGGACAGUGAUGAUGGGCAGGGCGGGGUCCCGUGGACGGAGCAGGAGCGCGGGCAUCUCCUGCGGCCCCAGAACGGCUCCCUGAGGAACGGACAGGGGCCGGUGAGGGGCAAAAAGCAAAGAGAAGAGCUGCUAUAGCAAGAGAGGAAGGGGGGAGCUUGCCGCUGCCCUCACACGUACACCUCCACCUCCAGCUAUCAUGCCCACUCUUUUCCUCACGCCUCCCAUUUCUCUUUUGUUGUUCUUCAACACAGAAACCUCACACCUCUCAUUCAUGAAGACAAACUGUGUGAUACCUGGAUUAAGGAAGAAAAAAGAGGAAAAACAUGCUGGAAACAUGUUGUCCCACUAUCACAGAAAAUACACCACUGUACUAACAUUUCCCUGCUCCCACACUGAGCCACUAUGGAGGAAACACACGCUACCCUGAGAAACAGGGCUGAGCACUGUGCUUUGAAUGGUGUAAAAACAGAACGUAGAUCCCUAUUAUUUAACACAGAGACAUAACGAAUGUACUGUUACCCCUUACGGCGCACGAAGUAGCCUGAGUGACACUUGACUUUCUGGAUUUCAAAACAAAAACUCUGCUUCAGCGACACGAAAACCAGCCACUUGACACGCUCACACCUUGCCUCUUGUAGACACGCAUGCACACGCACAAAGACGUCGUAUUCACACUGUUCCAGGUCAACCUGAUGCUACCAAACACUGCCAUGUAAAAAUCAAUGGUUAACUCUGCUCUGAUGAUUUUUCGUUAGUGGCCGACACGGUGACUCGUCGGAAAGGAAAAACACAACCAAAACAAGAGCUACCAACAGCAAAGGACCCUGCUCCAAAUAACAAAAAAAAUUGCAUGAAGAGUGACAGAUUGCAGUUCUGGUACAACUGGAUGCUGGAAUGAUCGUCUGCAUGUUUGUGUGUUGAAUGUAUGUGUGGAUUUUUCUGGCUACUGUGUCAAAAGAUGUUUCUUCAGAGCCAUUUGUAUGUUUUUAUUUCUGUUACCCUGUGAAAGAGUCGCAGGGUUGUCAGCGAUGACACUCAGAGCCAGAAGAUCCUUUAAAAAGAAACGUGUGCUUUUAUUUUGAAGUCGUUGGGACACACUGGAAUACACAACACUAAUGAGUUUAGUCUCAACGGAGAUGAUUACGAGGAGAAGUUCACAACACAACAAAUGGGACUGCUUCCUCACUCACCUCAAUAUGAAUUAAUGUAACAACUGCUUGAAACAUGAAGACCACUUAAGUUUU